AAUUAGGCUUGUUUAAACUGAUAAAAAAUAUUGAGGGGUUAUCGUUCCAAAUUGAAUGUGGCAGAAAAAGCCUGAGAUCCCCAACUCCAUUGCCACGCUACAUAGGUCGUUUAUGUUGAAUCAAUGGCGAUGAUUCGUCGUCGUUUGCCCUUCUCUUUUCCCCUUCUCCUCCUCCUCUUCCAGUUCGUCCAAUUCCAUUCCCUACCAUUUGCUCUAGCAUUCCACCCAAAUGAUACCCACAUCCUCCAGGGUGUUUUGAAAGAGAUAUCCCAAAGGCAAAAUUGGGACUUUGAAAGAAUAACAACUUCCAAAUUGCAAGUGAGCAAGGUUAGAUUCGGUACUGCUCAGAGAUAUGAGUUCCAGAUCCGAAUCGGGAAGAAUGACUUGGUUCUCAAAUUUCCUGACGAAGUGGGUUCUUGGAACAAGUUUAACAAAAAAAGGAAUGAUUUUGGAAAUUUUGUUAGGGAGAUUGGCUCCUCUGCUGUACUCGACACAUUCAAAGUGGAGGGUCCAUUUGAUUUGCGUGUCGGUGACCAAGACGACCUCUCCUUGUUGUUGCCGCUGAAUGUUUCGCACAGCGGUUUGAAAAGGAUACUAGUGGGUGAAGGCGUCACAGUAGAAGUGAAAGGAGCUCAAGAACUCUCUCUUUUUCACACUUUUGACCAUAGUUUCAUAGUGAAUGGAAGUUUUAAGAUUAGCAAGGGAAAAACUGGUUUCUGCUCCUUUUGGCAGUCAUUGUGUAUGCCAUUACUUCCUAUACACGUUAUUGGGUCUGCAUCGCUGAUUGCAUACAGGACUAGAAAUUAUGAUGCGCCUGUUAAAACAACUUUAUUGUCUGAAGGGACAAUUGAAUUACUACCUGCAAAAUGCUACAGUAAUAAUGUGUAUAAGAACAAUGCUAGGCUCCAUCAUUCCUUGAGUUUGAAGAUCAACAUGCUAGGAAAAUCAUUGAGGAGCUUUCUUGGUAACAUAAUGAGACAAAAUUGGGUUUCAGGCUCUCUUAGAGCUAAUGCUAAAGCAUCAACUAUCAUUUGCUUUCAGUUGGAGAUAGAAAAGAAUGUUGGAAGAGAUGAAACUUUCGAUGAUGUGCUGGAAGACUGGAGAACAAAGCCAACAGUUGAACGGGUUUGGUUUGAAGUGAUGGCAAGAAUUGAAGCUGAGAAGUUGAGGGUCCUAAUGGUUAAAAAGGUCAGACCUUUUGUUGCACUAGAUUCAGUUUCAUGGAGUAAUUUAAUGUAUAAUAUUUCAUUUACAAAAUUUCCAUCUAUUCUUGUGCCUCCUGAGUCCCUAACACUGGAUGUGAAAUGGUAGGGCGGGACUCUUGUAAAUAGUUUUGAUUUGAGAAUAUUUUACAUAUCAAAGCAAUGUACCUGUCAUUAUGUGCUGUCCCUUGCUUAAA